AUGAACCAGAAGUUUAUCAAGAUAGGAUCACUCUUAGUGUAUCUAAGCUCGCAUGUGAAUCAUACCAUAUCUCAACCUCCAUCCGGUAACAUGGAUACCAAGCCUAUGUCAGGAGAAGUCCCUUUGCUAGCGAGUACGUCGCCAUCCGCGUUGGGAGAAGGCUCAGGAGAUUCUAAAUCGGCUUCCAUCAAAACCAGCAUGACCGCAAAAUCAUCUGGCUCCAUGUCCGGCAGCAUGACUGCUCAGGGAUGUAUCUGUCCUGGAGAUCCAUCAUACCCUUCUACUGACAAAGGUUUACCACCUGAGAAGCCAAAAGAACCAGAAGAACCAAAGAUCAGUAGCGGUGAUGGAGGUCCUCCUCCUAUCAGUAGUGGUGAUAAACCACCAGGAAAGGAACCUUGUCCAGAAGAACAAAAGAAACUUAAAAAAGAUGACAAACCUCAAGAAGAAACUCCACCAAUCAGUAGCGGUGAUGAACCAAGCAUAACUUCUCCGACCCCUGGAGCACCAGUGCCACCUAGCGCACCACCACCUGUCAGCAGUGGUGGGGUACCAUCAACUCCGGAAAAGGAGCCUCCCCCAAUCAGCAGUGGAUAUGAGCCAAUAAAAGAAAACAAACCACCCAGUCCUCCUCCAAAAGCCCCAGAAAGUGGUCCACCAAAAGUGAGCAGCGGUGGUGAACCAAGCCCAGGACCACCACCAAAUCAACCAAGUCCACAAGGUGAUAAACCACCCGAAAAGAAACCUUGUCCAGAAGAAGGAAAGAAACACAAAGGAGACAAACCACCCAUCAGUAGCGGAUGUGAACCCAGCCCAGGAGGACCACCAACUCCUACAAGUCCACAAGCUGAUCCACCACCAAGUAUCAGCAGUGGAGAACCGCCAAAGCAAGAUGAUCCACCACCCGGUAUCAGCAGUGGAGAACCACCAAAGAAAGAUGAACCACCACCAAGUAUUGAAAGUCCAAAAGGUGAUGAACCAAAAGUGAGCAGUGGGGAUCCACCAGUUGUGAGUAGCGGUCAAGAACCAGGAGGCUACCCUCAGGCUCCAGAAGUCAGUAGUGGAGACAAGCCAGAUAUUCAACCACCCAAAGAAAGCCCAUCAACACCAUCAAACACUCCUGAACCUCCAGUUGAAAGUGAUUUCAAACCACCUGAUGAUGUAGAUCCUUCCAUUGAUGAUCCUACGAGCGAUAAAGUAUCUGACUCUUCAAUCCGUUUUCCCACGACAAAAGGCUUCACGGUCUUCCUUAGCUACACAUCCAUUAUUGCUCACAGUCACAAUCUUGGCAACAUCCCUCCUUAUGGGAUGGAGUACUCUCCUUUAAUUCAUCUUGGAUGCAUACCGGUUUUAUCCAGCUUGAGCUCGGUGGUUGCUCAUAUCGAUGCUAAAAAGAUCAUAUAUGAUUCAGAAAAUGAAUUUUGA